GUUUGCGUAUUUCCCAAGUGUAUAUUAGUAGCAUUCUUGCGUAGCGCGCAGACAGUGAUUGUCGCCGUUGUCGUCGUCGUCGUCGCGCGAUAAUAACAAUAACGACGACGAAGUUCCUCGUGGUGAUAUGACAGUGUCGCGGUCAACGGUAAACUCGACGACGACACAAGUGCGGAUACGAGUCAAGGAUGACGACUGACCCAUCGGCUCACGUCAACGUCCUCAUCAACGCGAGCGUCAGCAACAUCAGUCUCACUGACGCAGCCAACGUAACCGAGGAGGAAGAUGACAAGCGACUGCUCAGGCCCAGGAGUCUGGCCAGUACAGCGAGGAACAACUUCCCCUCCUACUCCAACGAGGACGUAAGCGUGAGGAGGUUUCGUAAUAACGACUUCACGGGCAGCAAUACCUUCCGGAAUGUCAUCGAUUGUGUGUCGGUCCGCCAAUCGAUCAGAUUUAAUCCGGAUCAGGUCAGCCCUGGGGCUACCAACUUUUUGUCCAGCAAAUACGAGAGUCUCGAUUAUGACCCAUGCGAGAACAAUCUCCUGCAAGAUGAGGAGAGGAAAAAGGGUUACAAGUUUGUGGUGAAGAAGAAUAUUGCCAGGUGGUUUAUUUUUCUAGUUAUAGGAAUAUUCACGGCUUUGAUAGCUAGCUUCAUAGAUAUUUCCAUCGAGCAAUUGUCCAAGCUGAAGUAUGGCUAUCUAACAAAACUUGUUGAUGGCUGUGUGGACACUGAUACAGGUAGCUGUUUGUGGAUUCCCUAUGUGACAUGGGUUGCCUUCAACAUGAUCCCAGUCUUCAUUGGCGCAGUAUUAGUUACAUACAUAGAGCCUGUAGCCGGUGGAAGUGGAAUUCCACAGGUCAAGUGCUACUUAAAUGGAGUCAAGGUCCCUCGAGUUGUGAGGAUAAAAACAUUGGCUGUCAAAAUUUUUGGAGUAAUCACAACAGUAGUGGGGGGACUUGCUGCUGGAAAGGAAGGACCCAUGAUACAUGCUGGUGCAGUAGUAGCAGCUGGUAUUUCUCAGGGAAAAAGCACGACAUUUAAGAGGGAUUUAGGAAUGUUCAAAUACUUCAGAGAGGAUCACGAAAAAAGAGACUUUGUAUCUGGUGGUGCAGCUGCUGGUGUGGCUGCUGCCUUUGGGGCACCUAUAGGCGGCGUGUUGUUUGCUAUCGAAGAAGGCACGAGCUUUUUUAACCAAAGCUUGACUUGGAGAACUUUUCUAGCCUGCAUGAUCUCAACCUUUACUCUUAACGUUGUCUUGAGCGCCUAUCAUGGACACCCGGGAGAUUUGUCAUAUCCGGGCUUGCUCAAUUUAGGAAAAUUUGAUACUAUAUGCUAUCAAGUCUACGAAAUCCCGUUGUUCAUGAUGAUGGGAACUAUUGGAGGACUGCUUGGCGCGCUGUGGAAUCACAUAAAUUACAAAAUCAUGUUCUUUCGCAAGAAGUACAUCCAACAUGAUUGGAUGAAAGUAGUCGAAGCGUUGUGCGUGGCUAUGAUGAGUGCCACCAUGGGUUUUUUGAUGAUGUUUUACAUCGACGAUUGUAAGACAGCAAGUGCCGGAGUCACUGAAUUUCCCAAGUUGUCAUGUAAAAAUGGCUCGUACAGUGCCGUUGCGGCGCUGUGGUUCCAGACUCCGGAAAGUAGUGUUCGCUCAUUGUUUCACGAUCCAUCAGGUUCCCACAGCGAUGUAACGUUAGCAGUAUUCGUAAUUUUAUAUUUUAUCUUAGCCGUAUUCACGUUUGGCCUAUCCAUGUCCGGCGGACUUUUUAUUCCGUCUUUACUCAUUGGAGCAGCUUGGGGUCGUCUGAUCGGCUCUGGCCUAGCUAGAAUAUGUCCUCACUGCGCAUUUGUUGAUCCCGGAAAAUAUGCACUGCUGGGAGCUGCUGCUCAAUUAGGCGGAGUCGUAAGAAUGACAAUAAGUUUGACAGCUAUUCUAAUUGAGUCUACUCAAGGUAUAUCAUUCGGUCUGCCAGUGAUCAUAGUUCUAAUUACGGCCAAAUGGGUCGGCGACUUUUUCAAUGAGGGAAUAUACGAUAUUCACAUACAAAUGGCGGGAGUGCCUCUUCUUCCCUGGGAGGCUCCUCCGUUAUCCAACAACAUUUACGCCAGCGAAAUAAUGAGCCAUCCCGUGGUCACACUGAAAAGUACAGAGAACGUGGGUCACGUCGUGGAGAUGCUCAAGUGCGUUAGUUUCAACGGCUUUCCCGUCGUCGACCCUCCCUGGGGAGAUCAGGAGGAAAUCAAUUGCUACGGCCGACUUCGUGGAAUGAUUCUGCGAUCACAGCUGAUAGUACUCUUACAGAAUAAGAUUUUCAAUGAAUACUCAGAAUUUUGGGAUAAGGAUCUGUCUAUCAAGAUAUUCAGAAACGAAUAUCCAAGAUACCCGACCAUCGAAGACAUCAGCAUCACAGAUGAGGAAAAGACGUUCACGAUGGAUCUAAGACCCAUCAUGAAUCCGUCGCCCUACACUUUAAAGCAUUCUGCCACACUACCAAGAGCAUUUAGAUUGUUCAGAGCCCUGGGUCUCCGUCACUUACCAGUGGUCAACGACACCAACGAAGUCAUCGGUAUGAUCACGCGCAAAGACGUGGCGAGAUACCGUAUCUGGAAACACCAAGGACGCAUGGGUCUCGACGAGCUGUCCAUAACAAACAAACUCUAGGCCAAAAACUUUUUUACGUACAAAUGACCAAUAUUGAUAUUCUCAAACAAGCUCCUGAAGAGAUUUGAGAGACGAAGCCAAGCUUAUAUAUCGAGAGCACAAGAUAAAAAUAAUGUAAAUAAUUGUUUUUUCGUAUAUUUAAUUUAGCGAAUAAUUCAACGAGGCUACUUCGAAAGCAGUCUGCGAUAUAGCGUCUCGAUGACGAUCGUCUUUCCUCCAGAUCUAUAAUAUUUUUUUAACAAAGACGACGAUAUGUUUAUACUAAUGGUGCGCAAAGAAGGAAAAACUCGUAUUUAAAAAAAUAAAAAUACUGUCUUUAUUUACACAA